AUGGGCCCAACCAAUGGAAGCAGUGAUUUCAUAGCUUCGGCUCCAUUCUAUUACUCACGACCAGACAUCAAUCCACCACCGAUCAAUAUUAAGGUGCUUGAUGAGAGUGCAGUCACUCCUGGAUACAUCUUCCUAGCACCAUGGAGUCACACCGAAAUGUCCAGUAUAGAUGCGGGGCCGUACAUCUUUGAUAACACUGGGGAAUUAGUCUGGGCGGGCGCUGCCGACUUCGGCGGUGUAUUCGCAAACAAUCCGCACGUCUGCCAGUGGAAGUCAAGAGACCAUCUAUGUUUCUUUCUCGGCGCAUCCCACCGUGGUUUCGGGCGCGGGGUGGGGAUGAUCCUUGACUCAACGUACCGCAUUGCCGCAACUGUCCAAGUUGGGGGCUCAACCAUGAGCGCCGGAGACAUGCAUGAGUUCCGUCUGGUGGACGACCGCAGCGCUCUCAUAUCCAUCUACAAGGUCAUACCGUACGACCUGAGCCCAUUCGGUGUGACAGACCGCAUCGGGUGGAUAUCCGAGUCCAUAUUCCAGGAAAUCCGAAUCUCUACCGGUGAAGUACUGUUCGAAUGGUCCAGCCUCGAGCACGAGGAGACCAGCCCACGCAACGCCGUUGUACUACCCGGAGCAACCACCAUCGGCGGCAACGGCCUUGAUCCCGGGACGCCGUGGGAUUACUUUCACAUCAACUCCGUAGACAAAACCCAAGAUGGCGACUACCUGGUCUCAUCCCGGCACAUGUCCACCAUCUACAAAAUCUCCCAGGCGGACGGCCACAUCGUAUGGCAACUCCGCGGCCAAGACCCCCACCAGACCUCCAACCACACGCUCCUCCACCAUCCCACCACCUACCACCACGCCGCCGACUUCAACUUCUCCAGCCAACACGACGUCCGCGCCGUCUCCUCCAACGCCACCCACACCACCCUCUCCCUCUUCGACAACGCCAGCGACGACGUCCGCACCUCCACAGCCCCCCACUCCCGCGGCCUCGUCAUCGCCCUCGACCACACCACCCACACAGCCUCCCUCCUCUCCACCUACUCCCCCCAGAAUGCCACGCACCAGAUGCUCUCCGGGUCCCAAGGCAGCAUGCAGCUCCUCCCCAACGACCACGCCUUCGUCGGCUGGGGCAAGUGGCCGUUCUUCUCCGAGCACGCGCCUUCCGGCGACAGCGUGCUGUGGGGCCAGUUCGCGCCCAACGACACCGACAUCAUGAGUUACAGGGUCCGCAAGUUCAAUUGGACCGCAACCCCACAUGACGCCCCCGCCGUCUAUGCUUACGCGCACAACGAAACCGCUGACGCCGAAGCGGGGACAGUCUUUUACGUGUCGUGGAACGGCGCGACGGAGGUCGCGGCGUGGAACUUCUAUUCCGUUGCGGAAGAAGACGAUCAAUUUGCUAGAAGGGUUACGGGGAGUAAGGCAUGGACGCUGCUUGGGACGGCGAACAAGACCGGGUUCGAGACUCGCGUUCGUAUGCCCAAGUACGCCCGGUGGGUUUUCGCCGAGGCGGUGGGGAGGGAUGGGAAGGCCAUCCGGAGGUCGCGGAUAUGCAGGACGUUUGUCCCUGCUGCGGGGCGGCUGCGAGACGUGUGCGAUGAAUGGGGUUGUCCCGCUAUGCUGGCGGAUGUUGCCGCCUCGGGUAGUGGGAAGAUGGGAACGGCAGACGUGGAUUGGGAUGCUGUUGGGUACGAUGGUGGGCUCGGAGGCCGGACGCGCUACCCCGUGCAGCCCCGAAAGGAGCUGCCGGACCUGGCGUGGCAGGUCAUACCGCAGCUGGUGGCGCUAGUGCUAGUGGUUGGGUUCGUUGGGUCGCUUUGGGCGGUGCCGAAGCUGUACGCGAGACUGGGUGCGGAGGGGCAGAAGAGGAGAAGGGGGUAUGAGCAGGUUGAAAGCACGGAUAGUGAUGCUUAG